CAUGGAGGGAUCAGUUUUCAGGGAAUGGUUCCUAAACGAAGUUACAAUCCUCGUCCAUGGAAAGCAGAAACAGAGAGAGGAGAUGGGGAUACAGUAUCUGUAUAGAGGGAGAGAGACAUAGCUCAGUGUCUGGUUCAAAACAGACGAAGAGAUGAAGGGAAGAGAGACAAGAGACGAAUGUUGCGGUCAGAACACAGAGGAGGAAGAGAGAGAGAGAGUUGAGACUGCCCAAUAAUUGCCUCCCCACACUGCCCGACACGAUGAAGUUGUCGGCUCGCAGCCAACCCUGUUUAUCGAUGGUUAGAUUUCACUUCCUCUCUCCCUUCACAAUUUUAUUUUCUCUGGAUUUUCCCAGCGCAUGCGCCCUCGCCCUCUCUCUCAGAUCAUCAGAAUGAUCCCUCUCUCUCUUUCUCUCGGAUCUCACCAUGAUCUCGAUCUCAGAGAGCUCAGAAUGACCUCUCUCUCUCUUUCCUGACUCACCUGCCUUAUUGUCUCGGGUUAGGUCGGCCUCGAGUCCUACACUUCCCGCACCAUCCUUGACAGUCUCUCCGCAGGCGUUAAAAGCCAACCCUCUGUUCCUGCCAUCGCUACAUUUCUUUUCGUUUUCCUUCUUCAGGAUUGAAAUCCAUGUGUUCCUUUGAAUGCAUAUGGGAUAAAUGAAGAGGGGAAACAAAUUUCUGAAUAGGUUGGUCUUCGCGUGCUGAGCAUGGGAAGAACCUCAUAUGCGUUGUCUUUGUUAACCUCCUAGAAAUCAAAUCAUAAGCAAAUACGUGGAUAUGAUUUGAUCAUUAUGCCACCAAACCAAGCCCUCGGUUGUGUUUUUACAGUUACCAACCGAAAGAGAAAAAGAAGAAGAGAAAAUGGCCUGCUGAUUCAGUGAGAGUCGGUUUGGUUGUUGGCCAAAUGCGUCAAAGGACAAAAGGCCAUGUCACUGUCAAAGGAAAGGCUAGCUAGAAGAAGCAGCUGCUCUGGGGGCGCCUAGCAGGCGGGGUUUAGGGCAGCCCGAGGAAGGGCAUUGCGUGUGUAGACGUGAGUCACAGUAUCUGUUUUUCUAAGGCAGUCCUCUGAACCCUAUCUCUAGACACCUCUGCUUUCAAGCAUUUGCCGCCUGUGGUUGCGUGAAUCAAGGAAUGUUUGAUCACCUAUCAUUUUAUUUCCAUCUCUAAUCAAAACCCUCUCACAGUCUCUCUCUCCCCUUGUAUCAUAAAUAUUUCUAUCUGUAUUCAGAACUUAUAUGUUUUUUACUGUUUCAAUUAUAGAUCGAUCUAUCUCUCUCUCUCUCUCUCUUCAUAAAAAACAAUUUCCCCACAAAAAUUCACAUUCCCAUCAAGAUAUUCAGAAAACAGAAUCUCCUCUCCUCACUCAACCCCUAUCUUUAAAAUGACAUCACUGUACUAAAUAGCCCGUGCCCACUUCCUCAUUCGAGACAGACACACAAGAGAGAGAGAGAGAGAGAGCGGUGAUAUGGGUGAGGUAGAAAUGCAUCCGCAUCUGCCCCUUCUCAUGCCUCCUGGAGGUGGCAAAAUGCAGGGGGAUGGUGGGGGUGACCGGCGGCUGGCAAAGCCGCAGCCCGUGCCGGAGGAGGAGCCUCAAAAGUGCCCGCGCUGCCACUCCAUCAACACCAAGUUCUGCUACUACAACAAUUACAAUCUCUCGCAGCCGCGUCACUUCUGCAAGUCUUGCCGGCGGUACUGGACUCUUGGUGGCGCGCUGAGAAACAUUCCUGUAGGUGGAGGCAGCCGGAGGAACUCGCGGCGGACGAAGCCCAAGCAAUCUUCUCAGGACCAGGAAAUGAAGGAGUCCCCUCAUACUACUCAAUAUACGUCCAACCCCCCGAAAGCCGGCGGUGGAUACGAUCUCUCCAUGGUGGGAACGCCCGUUCCCGACGAGCUAGGCGGCGACAGUCUCCUUGACAUCACUGGCACCUUCAGCUCUCUGCUGGAAUCCAGCGGAAGCUUGAGCGAGCCGCUCGGAUUGCUUGGAUGGCCCUCAAGCAUGUUAGACGUUCACCCGCCGACGUUUGACGAGGUGGGUAUCGGGAAAUCCUGUUUUGGCUUGCCGGAAUCCGACGACGGAGCGUUCUGGCAAGGCGUAGGAGGCGACAUAAUUGAAAGCGAGUAUUGGGGAGCGAACGGGUGGUCGGAUUUUGCGAUUCCUGCUCCUAGGAAUAGCUGUCGGUGAGACAGUCCUUGUAGGGAACGUAGAGAAACUGAAGCGCUACUUUUUAGUUGCCUUGGUUUCUACUCCCUUGCUUGUCUAUAGAGUUGGUGGUUUUUUAUUUUUGUAGAGAGAGAGAGAGAGAGAGCGAGAGCGAGGGAGAGACAGAGAGAGUGAAGGAGAUUUAUAUGUCAAGAUCUCUCGUAAGGAUUUUUGGUGUCUGUGUUACAAUACGAAGGCGGGCUUCGUUUCACUCUUACUGAUGAAGAAAAGAAAUGGGUGUAAUGGUCGUUCUGGUUUCACCUUCUUUCGCGUCCGCCUACUGUAAAACCUUUUCCACUUUAGCAUCAUCGUUGUUUCUCGUCCAAGCUUAUGAAACCUUUCGAUUUUGUGGUUUGUUUUUCA